GAAAAAGUUGCAGUUUUUCGCUGGUCGAAUGCAACUCCAUGAAGAUCGGCGGCGACGUGCCACCGUUCUUCGGUGUCAACGCGGCGCUGGCUGCGUGUUUGUACCUCGUGGACGUCGGACUUAAUUCUUCCAUUGAGUAUGGAGAUCUGCCGGGUCAAGACGUAUUGGACAACAGUAGCGACUCAAUUGUCUCGUUUGUGCAGGUUUUGCUCCAGAUUGCAGCUCUCAUCAACCUUCUCAUGCUACUAGGCGGCACCUUUCUAUUCCGCAGUGGUCUUUUCGGCAUGCUUUAUUCCCAUUUUCGUCUCGUUCUGCUGGUGCAUCCGCUGUAUAUCUGUCUGACCAUUAUCCUGGGCAUUGUUCGAAUGGUAUGCAGUAUCAACCUCCUGUGUGCUUUGUAUCUGGUAGUUGUCAUGUGUGUUACGCCUAUAUAGAACUUACUUUCGUUGGGAAAUGCUCACGCGGAUAUCUGGGACGUCCAAGGCUACGCAGCUUUGUCCGGCAUCCACAAGAUAGGAGCUCUGUGCUAUUAUGCCUGCAGUAUCUACGCCGUCGAGAAGCUUCGAAACCGCAAGUAUUACAGUCCCGAAUACUGGAUGCGAAAAUGAACGCAAGCAAACUUGUUUUUAUGAAGUGCAGAGUACACGAAAUCGAUAUCAAUCAGUAAACUACAGUGGUUUACUUACAUCACAGCUUAGAGCGGACGCUGCAGCUUUGCCUGACUCCAUUCCAUGUCAGGCUCAUUCUCACGCGCAGUUAGGAUUUCGUAGCCUGUCUCCGUCACGAGGAACGUGUGCUCGAACUGCGCCGAGCGCAAUCCAUCUCUUGUCACUGAGGUCCAUUCAUCAGGCCACGUUUGGUCACGCCACGUGCCGACAUUGAUCA